UUCUAUAUUUUUGACCCCUCUCGGCUACAGUCAGCGGAGGCGAGGUUACGUCGGCGCGAGGGAUUGUGGGUAGGAAGCACGUGGUUCAAACUUCGGAAGAGCGGAAGGCUCAGGGCUGCGAGCAGGUUCAGUUUUAUUGCAUUUGGAGAAGAAAAUAGAUCUGCAAAGAUGACGUCCAAACCGAAUCUUGCGUCAGACCAGCGCUUCAGCCGAGUUACAAAAGAUCCCAGGUUUUGGGAAAUGCCUGAAAAAGACAAGAAAAUCAAAAUUGACAAACGUUUCCAAGGCAUGUUCCACGACAAGAAGUUUAAUCUCAAGUACACCGUCGAUAAGAGGGGCCGGCCUAUUAACCACAACACAACUGAGGAUCUGAAGCGAUUCUACGACCUGUCAGAUUCUGAUGAGGAGGGUGAGAAGGACAGGGGACCCUCAAGCUCCAAAACUGUGAAGCAGAAAGGGAAAACUAAAACACAUAAAGAUUUGGAAAGUGAGCCUCGGAAAACAAAAGCGAAGGAAUCUAAGGCUAAAAAUGGCAAGUUAAGUACAACACAAGAAAGCAGCAGAGAUGAAGGUGAGCCACGUCUUAAAGGAAAGGGAAAGGCUGGACUCAUCCAAAGCAAGCAAAAGGACACACACAUCCUCCGGAGUGAUACUAAAAUCACAUCAGUAGCAAGUGCCAAAAGCGUGACACAGACUGAGGAAGAAGAAUUGGGAGAUGAGGCCGAGAGUGAAGGAUACAGUGAAUCAGAGAGCCUGUCAGACAGUGAAGAUUCUGAAGGGCAGAGCCUUGGGAGUGAUGCAGAGAGUGAGGAGGCCAAAUCUGAUGAUGAAAGUGGGGAAGAAUCUGAAGGAGAUGAAGAAGGUUCUCAAGAAGAGGAUGAAGAGGAGAGUGAUAGUGGUCCUGAUCUGGCCAGAGGAAAAGGAAACAUUGAAACUAGCUCGGAAGAUGAAGACGAAGAUGAAGAUGACACCAAUGAGUUACUCCAGAAGGAGCCUGAAAUUGAACAUGACUGGAGAGAACUGGACAAGGAUGCACCACGUGGUGACCAGGUCACCAACCGGUUAGCUGUUUGUAACAUGGACUGGGAUAGAUUGAAAGCUAAAGACCUGCUUGCCUUGUUUAAUUCGUUCAAACCAAAAGGGGGCAUCAUAUUCUCCGUAAAGAUCUACCCUUCAGAAUAUGGGAAAGAGAGACUGAAGGAAGAAGAACUUCACGGCCCCCAGGAACUUAAGAAUGUUUCUGAAGAUGUUGCAGAUGAGCAGGGGAAUCUUAAGGAAAAACUGAGGGAAUACCAGUUUAAACGACUGAAGUACUUCUAUGCCGUGGUAGAAUGCGACACUCUGGAGACAGCCAAUAAAAUCUAUGAAGAAUGCGAUGGUCUGGAGUUUGAAAGCAGCUGUUCCUUUGUGGAUCUGAGGUUUAUCCCUAAUGAUGUGCAGUUUAGUGAUGAGCCCAAAGACUCUGCCGUUGAUGUUGACCUGUCUGCUUACAAACCCAAGCUUUUUACCACUGCUGCUGUGGCCACAUCCAAGGUAGAAAUCACCUGGGAUGAGACAGACCACGACAGAAUAACCACUCUGAACAGACCGUUUAAAAAGACCGAGAUACUGGACAUGGAUUUUCAGGCUUACUUAGCAUCAUCUAGUGAAGAGGAGGAGGAGGACAGUGAUCCAGAUAUGGGAGAGAACGAAGACACAAAGUCCAAGAAGAGCUCAAAGGAUGACGAGGAGCAAAUAACCCGUUACAGGGAGCUGCUGAAAAGCAUAAACAAUAAGGACAAAAAGGAGGACAAUGAUAUGGAGAUGGAAAUUAAAUGGGUUCCUGGGCUUAAAGAAAGUGCCGAGCAAAUGGUUAAAAGCAAGCUGGACGGCAAGGACCAACAGACUCCAUGGGAGAAAUACCUGCAGAAAAAGAAAGACAAAAGGAAAAUGAAGAAGAAGAAGGAUAAGCAGCAUCAAGAAGAAGAAGAAGAAGAAGAGGAGGAGGAUGCUAAAGAAGAAGAUGAUGACGAUGCAAUACCUUCAGAUGUGGAUUUAAAUGAUCCAUACUUCUCAGAGGAGUUAAAGAAGCCAGGUCUAAAGGCAAAAUCUUCCAGCAGCAAAAAGGAUAAUGUGUCCUCAGAAGAUGAAGCUGAAAAGGAAAAACAGAAGGCCCAGAUCGCUCUGCUCAUGAUGGAUGACGUUGAAGAUGAUCGCAAGCAUUUCAAUUACGACCAAAUUGUGGAACAGCAAAAUCUGAGCAAAAGAAAGAAGAAACAGCUGAAGAAGAAAGAAGAGCUGGUAGAAGAUGAAUUCCAGAUAAAUGUAGAGGAUUCCAGAUUUCAGGCCAUGUAUACGUCACACUUCUACAAUAUCGACCCUUCGGAUCCCAGUUACAAGAAGACCAAAGCCAUGGGCAGGGUACUGGAGGAGAAAGCCCGGAGGAGAGAGAAGGAGCAGGAUAGUCGGUCCGAGGCAGUAAAGAGGCACGCGGCUGAACUGGAGACCCAACAGAAAAAGGGCACAGACCCAGCGCUGUCCAUGUUGCUUAAAUCUGUGAAGAACAAAACACAGCAAUUUCAAGCGUCAAAAAAACAGAAAAUAAAAUAGUUUAUAUAAAAA